AUGACAGAACCAAGAACGAAUCUGCAACAACUUACAAAGAAGCGAGGUGCUAACAAAGCGCAGCUAACCAGACAGUUACAGAAAGCGGACGAUACAUCGAAAAAAGACAAACUAGAAGAAACCGACAUCGAAGUGCUUCAGUCAACCAUCGAAUACAUUGAAGAACGAAUCAAACUGGUACGUGACCUAGACGAACAAAUACUUGAUCUCGUCGAGGAAGAAAACUACGAAAGACUAUUCACUGAAGCCGACGAUUACUAUAUUCAAGUAAAACUCCGCCUCACUCGAUACCAGCGGGUUUUGAACAAAGCAGAGAAGAUAUCGUCUCAACCAAAUCCAACUGCCGCCACAGAAACAUCGUCAAAUUCACCAUCGUCGUCAAUACAUCGUCAAGUAAAUCUUCCCAAGCUCGAACUACCGAAAUUCGACGGAGAUUUCUUGAAAUGGACGACAUUUUACGAGGCUUUCAACGCCGCUGUUGACAAGAACCCAUCGCUUGAAGACGUGCAAAAAUUUCAAUACCUGAAAAGCCAACUCGUCGAUGAAGCUCAUCGUACCAUUGACGGUCUUCAACUCACCAACGCGAACUACAAAGAAGCUCUCCAACUCUUGGAAUCCAGGUAUGGUCAAAAUCAUAAAAUUGUAUCAUGCCAUAUGAGCGCCAUUUUGAACCUACCAUGCCCACGUAACAAUACUGACAGUAUCCGGUCCUUUUAUGACUCGCUCAAAAAGCAUAUACGCGAUCUUAAAUCACUAGGGAAAUCUGAGGAAAAUUACGGUGAUCUACUUGUGCCGAUAGUGUUCGAAAAAUUGCCAACAAAUUUGAAAACACAGAUAUCUAGGGACCAUGGUAACAAGGCAUGGACAAUACAAGAACUUAGAGAAUCCAUCCAGCGAGAAAUUCAUGCGAAUCAAGCCGCCAACACGUUUGAACAGUUCAACACCUGUGAAGAUACACCGCUUUCCAGCUCAUCAAAUUUUCACAUCAAUGCGAAGCCAAGACGGAGACCAGCCUGCGUAUUUUGUAAGGAAAAUCACACACCCAACAAGUGUACAACAGUUACUGAUCCUCAACAACGUAAGGACAUUGUCUUCCGAAACAAACUGUGUCUCAAUUGUUUCGGACCAAAUCAUCGCAGUAAUGAAUGUUGGAGUAAAUUUUCAUGUCGAAUAUGCAGUAAGAAACACCACACAUCGAUUUGCGGUUCAUCAACGACCAGUCACCGUAAAGUUAGUGAACGGGCAGUCAAGUCAACAAAAGAAGACGUAACACACGUAAAAUUGACUCCAACCUCCGGACCAGUGCUGCUUAAAACAACUACAGCGACUGUAUCUACAAGUAACGCAAGUACAACCGCAAAUAUACUGCUCGACGAAGGCGCACAACGAACCUUCAUCACAGAAGACCUUGCUCGCAAACUUCAAAUUAACAGCGAAGAUUGCAGCAUAGAACACAUCACACUUGGCGCCUUUGGACGUGACAAAUCAGAUGUACGCGCUAUCAAAAGAACUGAGAUAACACUAAAAACCAAUUCUGGUAACAUUGCACUACAAUGUUUAAUAGUACCCAAGAUUAGUUCACCAAUACAGAAUGUCGUCGCACCAACACUACAACGGCAUAAAUAUCUGCAAAAACUGAAAAUCGCGCCCUUAGUCGAAUCUGGUUGUUUUGACAUUGACCUACUUCUCGGAGCUGACCAUUAUUGGCAAAUUGUUGAAGAUCACGUCGUUCGAGGUGAGGGACCCACAGCGGUAUCCUCUAAACUUGGUUACUUGCUAUCUGGUCCUUCUCACUUAAACAACGUGACUACAAUGAACACAACUAUAAUGAAAGCAUUAGCCGACACUGACCAUGAACAAUCCAUCAUAUCACAGUACUGGGACUUAGAGACAAUGGGAAUAACUGCCAACGAAGAUUCUAAGUUGAAAUCCACAACGUUUGAAGAGUAUUGGGACACAAAAAUUCAACGAGAUGGUAAUAAAUACACAGCCGGCCUACCAUGGAAAGAAAAUUGUGAUAUUCUACCUACAAAUUAUAUACUGGCGAAAAACAGAACAAGAGCAAUGGUAAAACGUCUUAAACCCGAACUACGGAAAGUCUACAAUUCAGUCAUAACAGAGCAACUACACCGAGGAUUUAUUGAAAAGAUAAUUGAUGACGAUAUCUCACGUGGCUAUUUUAUCCCGCAUUACCCCGUUGAAAAACAGUCAACAACUCCAGUUAGAGUAGUUUACAACUGUAGCGCUAAAUACCGUGAUCAACCCAGCCUCAAUGACUGUUUAGAAUCCGGUCCUGCUAUCACCAACGAUAUGCUAGACAUAUUGCUUCGUUUCCGGACACACCAAAUUGGACUGACUAGUGACAUUGAAAAAGCGUUUUUGAAUGUCAACCUUGCCGAUGAAGAUCGCCAAUAUACGAAGUUUUUCUGGCUACAAAACGCCGACGAUCCUGAAAGCGACUUCGAAGUUUACCAGUUUAAAUCAGUUUUAUUUGGUUCAACUAGUUCGCCAUUCAUGUUGAAUGCGGUUAUUAAAACACACCUCGAAGAACAGUCAUCGCAAAUAGCCAACGAUCUAAAGAACAAUAUUUACAUCGACAACGUAUUGACCGGAACUGAAAAUCAGAAAGAAGCGAUAAAGUACUACCGCGACUCUAAAGAAAUAAUGAAGAACGCCGGUUUAAUCUACGAUCAUGGGCAACAAACAACACAACACUUAGUAAUUUAUUGA